AUGCCCCUGAUCGUACUCGCGCAGAAGUUCGUGGCUACCUUGCUACAAAAAAACGGACUCGACAUUGCUCUCGCUGACGAGCUACAAAGAUCAUUUGCAUGGAUCCCUCCCCUCGCAACAGACUCUGAUGACCAGGAUUAUCUUGCGGGUCCGGAAUCAAUUACAGAUGAGGAGUUGGUGGAUGAAUUUGAAAGAUUCGAGCGCGAGACGCGGGAGGCUGGCCAAGCUUUGUUUGCAGGUGAUGUGCCGGAUGUUCUGGAUGGCGGCCUCGUUGACUGGAGUGAGCUAGAAAGGGUUAACAAAGGUAUCACACCAACUGGCUUCGUUAAAGAGACUGAGGUACUCAAUCGAAGCUCAAACGAUGUAUCAGGGUGGAAUGUUGAUGCACUUUUGAUGUCAGAAGGCAUAGCCUCGAUGUAG